AUGAAAUAACUAUUAGUUGAAAACCCUUUUACAGAAAAAACUCAAAUAUUUAGAUAUUAAGAUUCAUAAGAAGUUAGCAUCUAAUCAAUAUUACUAUUUAUUACCUAGAGUCUUAAACUUAAUCAUUAAUUUGUUAAUGAUUUUAGAUUUAUUUUAAAUGGUAAACAAGUAUAGAGUAAUAUUUAGUUAGCAUGCAGUUUAGAACAUAACUCUAUCCUCAGAGUUCUAAUGAGAAUUAGAGGUGGUAAGGGAGGUUUUGGUUCGUAAUUGAAAAAAGAUGCAAGGGCAUAAAAAAAGAUUACUGAUUGGGAUUUAUCGAGAGAUCUUUAGGGAAGAAGAAUGAGAGAUGUUAACAAUGAAAAAAAGCUAGUUGAAUUUUUCAAAAAGCAAAAAUAAGAAUAAGAAUAAGUUGACAAAGAGUUAAAAGAGUUUAAAGAUAUGCAAAAAGAGUAAGGAAAUCAAAAUUUUGGAUAUCAAAUAAUGAACAAUGAUUACAAAGACAGAAUUGAAAAAGUAGAGGAAUCUAUAUCGAGUUCUGUUUUACUUGGGAUAAAAAAGUAAAAAUAGAAUAAGAAUAAACCUUCAUAAGAAUAAUAAGAAGAAUAUGAAAAAGAUGAAGACGGAUUUAAGAUACCAAAAAAACUGAAGAAAAGCGAUUAAAACCCUGAAAGUCCCAUAGAAGGCGAAAUAAAAUAAGAGUUCAUUAACUCUAUUAACUCUGAAGAGUCAGACAAUAAAAGCGAAAAAUAAGAAGAAAAAGUUUAUUAAUUGCCAUUUACAAAGAGUGAUUUAAAAUAAGAAGAAAUCAGUACACAGAAUUUAGAUUCUGUAGAUGAAAAUAAAUUAAGUGAUUCAUAAAAUAGUUAAUAAAAAUAAUCAAAUAUCGAUAAAAAUAAAUUAAUUGCUAUUGGUGAAAUAAAGGAAUUCGAUAUUAUUGAAUUAGAUUAAAUUAAAUCUACAGAUGAUUUAAUUAAAUUAGGAGAUGCACACUUAAAGCACGAAUUAACCAGAUUAGGAAUAAAAGCAGGUGGUAAACUUGAAGAGAAGGCAUAAAGGUUAUGGGCAAUAAAAUAAGAUCCUUCAAACUUAUUUAAUCCGAAAUAUCUUGCAAAGAAGAAAUGA